AGCGAGUAGGCGUUACACAUUCCACUGAAGAUCUGUUUACUUCCGUCAACAAUUCUGGGAGAAAGACAAGGGUGUUUGAGAAAGAACAAAGAGAGAUAUUGUCCUAUUAAAAACAGUAGUGUUAUUUAUCACAAAUAGUUUAUAAACCGCUAUCUUAUAAUAACACGUAAUAUAAAGUUGUAUUUUUAUGCUGACAAUCCAUAGAUUGGUGCUGCCGUGCGUUUUUGUUUUUCUUACUUCGUUCGCCAAUGCUGUCUUGUUUUUUUAAUGAUAUAUAUUUGAUCUUUUUUUGCAGCCUACACGGACUGUUUUUGUGAACGACUGUAACCAGUGUAUUUCCAAGUACUGUAUACCAGUAGGUUGAAUCUGUGCGCAAAAUUUGAUUCAAUUUAUAUUUUUGUCAUCACAAAAGAUUUGUUGUAACGUAACAGGUAUGGUGAAAUAACUUCUACUAACGCGACUUUACCGUGUCCACCAAAACUUGUCAUUUCCUGUCCUGUGCACAGAGAAAAAGAUUGCUAUGUAUUUAUUUGUACUUGUAUUGGUGUAAAUUGUAUUCGUAGGUGAAGGAUGCCAUUCUUGGGUCAGGAUUGGAGGUCUCCUGGAUGGAGCUGGGUAAAAACUGAGGACGGCUGGAAGCGCUUUGAGUUCUUUAGCCAUGAUUUGGAAGACAACAGUACCGAGCUAGAACUGAAAGAGUUGCAAGAUGAAAAUAAAGAAAAUCUGUUUACUGGUGAUGAUUGUGAAGCUGCAGCCAAAAAAAGAAAAAAAGAUAAUUUCAACAACAACGCAAAAUCUCAUUUUUUCUAUCAGGAGAAGUGGAUUUAUGUUCAAAAGGAAAGUACGAGAGAAAGACAUGGUUACUGUACAUUAGGAGAAGCUUUUAACCGCUUGGAUUUUUCCAGUGCUAUACAAGAUAUCCGACGGUUCAACUAUGUUGUUAAAUUGGUGCAGCUAAUUGCAAAAUCCCAGUUAACAUCUUUGAGCGGAGCUGCUCAAAAAAACUACUUUAAUGUUCUGGAGAAGAUUGUUCGAAAAGUCCUUGAUGACCAGCAGAAUCCUAGGUUGAUCAAAGACCUCCUUCAUGACCUUGGUUCCACACUCUGUAUUCUUAUCAGAGAAGUAGGCAAGUCGGUGUUGGUGGGUAACAUCAAUAUAUGGAUCUGUCGCUUAGAGACGAUAAUCAACUGGCAGCAGCAGCUGUCCAACUUUCAGAUACCUAAGCAAGUAAGCAAUGGUAUUACACUUGACGACCUCCCACUCCAUAUGCAAAACAACAUUUUGUACAAGUUUUCUGAUGGCUGGGAUAUUGUUAACCUUGGUCAAGUGACGUCAACUUUGCACAUGCUUAGCGAAGACUGGCAUCUGUGGAAAAAACUUUGCCAGUAUCAUUUUGCAGAGAAACAAUCCUGCAGGCACUUAAUGUUGUCAGAAAAGGAACAUGUGGACUGGAAACUGAUGUACUUCACACUUCAGAAAUAUUACCCAAAGAAGGAACAAUAUGGUGACACAUUGCAAUUCUGCAGACAUUGUAGUAUUCUCUUUUGGAAGGACUAUCAUCUUGCUUUAUUAUUCAAGGAUUCAGGACAUCCCUGCACUGCUAACGAUCCAGAUAACUGCUUUAUGCCAGUUUCACCACAGCACUUCAUUGACCUCUUUAGGUUUUAGUCCAUUCUGAUACCUUUUUUGUUAUUCGUGUAGAGAAAGGCAAACUUGUUGGUUGCUUGUCGUGUUUUAUGUGCAAUAUUUGUUUAUAAAAUAAAAGGGCUCUGUGCGUAUGUUGUAUUGUGAAGGUAAUUGCAAGUGAUAGAAGACUCAGUGGAGCAGUGGACCUUGGCUGGAACACACACAAACAUUUGUGUGAAGAGUAAAUUCAUAGUUUAAAGUGAUGUUGAAAGAAAAAAAAGUUUGUGCAAUUUGUUAAUUAGAGGAAAUCAAAGGAUGGGCUUUUAUUUCCUUCAUAAUGAACACGCGUAGACUGAAGCACGGUUUACACAUUUAAAAUGUUUACUUUUGUGUAUUUCAUUGAGGUGUUUAAAUCUUACAUUAACACUAAGAUAAUAUUAAUUUACCACAAAAAAGGAACAAAGAAAAAUCAUAAUCAUUAUUUAUGAUAAAUGCCUUUCAUAUCCUUUCUUUAUAUUUUGUAUCCUACCUGUAUAAUUCCAACAGAUAAUGUAAUGGUAGUAAGCAGUGCUUUAAUGAGCGAUACCAUUACCAAUUAUGAAAAGGGUCUUGCUUCUGUUUUAAUACUUUGGAGGCUUUUUAUUUAAUUUGAUUUUCCUAAUUCUUUUACUUGAGUCAUCUGUGUUUUAUAACCUGUGGGCAUUUCAAUGCAGUAUUAAGGGAGUAGUUUGUCAAAUCACUAGUUAAGAGCUUACAAGGGAAAAAUGCUUUGAAGAUACUUGAAGUUAUUGAUUUAUACUAUUCGAUUUAGAAUUUUGCAUUUGCUUUAUUUAUGUCUCUGUUCCCUGUAUAUACAAGCAGAGUAUAUUGCACUUUGAUAUUCAUCCUAAUUCAAGUUCUGUUUAAUGUCUGCUUGCAUACCAUGUCCUGUAACUUUGGCACUACUUACCAUAGCCUAUACUGUAAAACAAGAAUUUUGGCCAUUAGCAAAAUUAAAUUGCUGCAAAAAAAUCCUGUUUUACAGUACCUCUUUUCAUGGCUCGCAUCAUACUUCUGUCAUAAUUCCCAUGCAAGUUAGAGGAAAAUUCAAAUUGCUUUUCAUUUGUAGCAUGUGUUAUUCUGUUUUCUUUGUUGUGUUUUUUGUGAGUAGGAUUUUGCUUCACUUAACACUGUAUAGCAAUAGAAGCUUCAAUAACAUGUAGCCUACUUUUGUUUCUUUUAUAUUUUACAUUAAAAUAGUUCUUUCCA